GCAGAAUUUCGGAUGCGAAGCCUCAACUUUGACAUAUGGGCUUUAAAUUUGACAGGUUAGCGAAACACUACUUGUCUCGCGAAAGCUUUUCUCCCCCAAUCAAUCAGCUGAUCAAACACACUUAGUCUUCCAUUAAUUAUUCCUGCUGAUUUCCUGCUCGAUAACCGUGUUUAAGGCCCCGCACGUCCGAAAACUUCACAAUACGCCAUUUGCGUCUCGUGAUAGACUUCAAACUGGGUGAACUGUUAGAAGAAAAUUUUUCGCUUUUCUCUGGAUAAGACAAAUCAGCUAAGAGCAAAUGGAUACAAAUGAUAGCCUCAAAUGUAUGAUUGCUUACAACAACUGCGCGAAACACGAUAGUGAAUAUAAUAUUUCUGAGCCCGAUUUCAAUCAUGGGUGUUGGAAGUCCUUCGUCGAUCUCUGUUGGCCAACAGACGAGACCCCUUCUCUAGAUGGCACGGGUACGACUCUUUCCUUGAUCAUACCUCUUAUUCUGAUCGCAUCGCUUUCCAUCGGGACUAAUACCUUGGUGUGUGUUGUGUUCUACUUGUAUAGUCAACUUCGUUUAAUAAGACAUUACUUUGUCAUCAACCUGGCGGUCGUGGACGUUGUAAUCGCUGCAGUUCUGAUUCCCUUAUUUGUUGCAAGUCAGUUAGCCCGUGAAAACAUCAUACUCUGUCGUUCCCAGAUCGUUCUGGACAUCGCCUGCGGUACGGCAUCCAUUUUGUGUCUUGUUAUGAUCAGCCUGGAGCGCUACGUGGCCGUGAAAUAUUCCUUGCAUUACCAUUCGAUAGUGACUCAGCGUAAAGCCAUCUUUGGCAUGGUUUUUAUCUGGACUUACUCAGCGAUUGUCUCAUGCACUGCUUUCCUAUCUUUGGUCAAAAACUCCAACAGUGGCAAAAAACUGCCGCAGUGUUUUUUCUUAAGCCGCGGGUACGUGACCUUUAUCACGAUAGCGAGUUUCGUUGCCCCAGUCUGUGUGAUGACGUUUGCUUACUGGAACAUGUUCAUCGUUGCUCGCUCGCACGCACGACGGAUUGACUCUCAAUCGACGCAAAGUGACCCCGAGAGAUCGGGACACUCCAAACGAAGGUUGAAGCGGGAACUUAAAGGGGCAAAGACUUUGACGAUUAUAAUGGGCACUCACUUUCUCUGCUGGUGCCCGCUUUUUGUUUUUUACCUUGUGUACACGUACAGCUUCUCGCCUCUACAGGUUACAAAAACAUUUACAGUCGUUAAUUAUGUUAUUCUCUUUCUUCGAUACUGUAAUUCGCUCUUCAACCCUCUUAUUUACAGUGGUAUCAACAGACAAUUUCGCGCCGGCAUUAAACGAUUUCUGUUGCGUAGAAACGAGGGCAUAGAAGAACUCCAAACAACGGCUGCCACCAGAGCGUAAAAGAGCCAUGUUAAGAUGGCUUACGUAUCUUAAUCAUUUCAUAUAGAUUUAUUUUGCUACACUGAUUUUAUGAUUUUAAUCAAUAGUGAUCCCUCAUCUCUUUUUAUUAGCAUCCUAUUCUGGCCGUUUUGGAGAUUGUUUCCCUGUCAUAGGUUGUUCUUUACUUAGAAGCAGUCUCCUGAGUCAAGAAAAAAAAGAAAGAAAAGCAUAAAAGCAAUUUUGCGAGUAGCUUGAUUUCUUUAACUGCAGUAAAGGUGGCAGACUUCAUUAAGGGUAACGUUGAUGCAUGAGUUCGAGACAAGAACUGUUAUGAUUUUCCAUCGAGGAUCUCGCUUUUUGGUCACGAAAAAUAUUAUUAUUGUAUUAGUUGUAUUGUAACAGACGACUUGGAAAUGUACUAAAGUUUACAACGCACGUGCAGCGAAACUACUCUGCUGGCUCCGGUUGUUCAAAGAGCGGACAACGCUAUCCAACGGAUAAAUCGCUAUCCAGCGGAUAACGCUAU